AUGCAGUUCACAGAAGAGAGGCUAGGCCAAGCUGAGAAGACUGAGUUAGAUGCUCACCUGGAAAACCUGAUUGCUCGAGGAGACUGCACCAAAAACUGGACAGAAAAGAUCUUGAGACAGACAGAAGUGCUCCUACAACCAAAUCCAAUUGAUCAUACUGGUGCUCGAAUAGAGGAGUUUAUUUAUGACAAACUGGACAAGAAGAUACCAUCACGGACAACUAAUCCAGAGAUAUUGGGCCAGUUCAUGCUUGAUGCUGCCCAGGAGUUUGGUGCAGAUUCUCCCUAUGGCACCACUCUCAUCACUGUGGGAGAGUACCAGAAGAAACUAGGGUCAGCUGAGCGUGAAUUUCUCCAAACAUCCGCCGCCUCGUUCCUCACUCCACUGCGGAACUUUCUGGAAGGAGACUGGAAGACCAUAUCUAAAGAGAGACGCCUUCUGGAGAACAGAAGGCUGGAUCUGGACAUCUGUAAAGCUCGCCUGAAAAAGGCCAAACAGGCAGAAGCAAAAGCAGCUGCUGCACCCGACUUUCAGGAGACAAGACCACGAAAUUAUGUCCUCUCUGCUAGUGCAUCAGCGCUGCGGCUCAGUGGUCCGGCCCCCGGAGGUUGGGAUGAUAUCGAUCUGAGUGAAUCAGAGCAGUUUAAGCUGCUGAGUGAGGAGGUGGACAAAUCAGAGCAUGAGCUUCGCGUGGCCCAGACAGAGUUCGAUCGUCAAGCAGAAGUCACCCGGCUGCUGCUCGAAGGCAUCAGCAGCACACACCUGAACCAUUUGCGCUGUUUGAGGGACUUUGCUGAGGCUCAGGCCACGUACCACGCCCAGUGUCAUCACUACAUGCAUGAGCUCCAACGGGAGCUGGCAAGAAGUGCAACCUCAGUGAGUGUGGUUCCGCCUCCGAACCCACCAGCCGUGUGCCCGAACCCGGUGUCCUCGGCCUUCAUGCUGGAGUCUGGUCCAUCUUCCUCCACUGUCCCAGGAGGGUCCUCAAGUCUGGCUCCAAGACCCAGUCCAGUGCAGCUCACUGGCUCCGGUACAAGGAAGGCAAAGGUCUUAUACGACUACGACGCUCAUGAUACAAGCGAGCUCUCGCUUUUGGCUGAUGAGAUCAUCACGGUCUACACAGUUCCUGGUAUGGACCCUGACUGGUUAGUCGGAGAACGUGGAAACGACAAAGGCAAAGUUCCUGUCACAUACCUAGAAUUGCUAAGCUAA